UGCUUUCCUCCUUUCUCCUCGGCUCACAUUCGAAGAGUGGCGGUUUCACUGAGUGCACGGCACUGUGGUAGAGCUCUCAGAAAGAUUUUCAGCAUGAUGUGAACUCUGUUUUGUGGACCAAGCAGCACGCGUGUUCUUAUGCAAAAUACGCCAUAAAAUCAUAGACAUAAUUCUUCAAAAAAUUUAAAUAAAGAAAUAUCGACGAGUGCAGCACAAACAAUCCAUGCGCACAUGUCUGUCAUAAUACACCUGGCUCUUAUAAUUGCAUGUGUCACCUAUCCUUCCAACUUGGAAAUGAUGGUCGUUCCUGUUUCCGAAUUGAAAUGGAAGUGGUGAACACAUGCGCGGAUAAAAACGGUGGUUGCGAUCAAAAAUGUCGCCAUGGACCAGGGGGACCAAUAUGUAGCUGUUACUCAGGGUACGAACUUGAUGCUGAUGGUAAAACAUGCAAUGAUGUAGAUGAAUGCUCUCGUGGCUUGUCUCAGUGUAAGCAAGACUGCAAUAAUAGCCCUGGAGGCUAUUCCUGUGCAUGCCGUUUUGGUUACUCAUUGGAUAGAGAUGGUAUAACCUGCAACGAUGUCAAUGAAUGCUUAAAAAGUAAUGGAGGGUGCGACCAAGCUUGCGAAAAUACACCCGGAUCUUAUAAGUGCAGCUGUUUAGAAGGGUACAAGUUAUUGCCUGACAGAAAAAGCUGUGAUAUUGUGCCUCAACGACCAGUCGUAAUUUCCGAAACUUCACAUAGCAGAUCUGACACUCCUCCGCACCAGAAUGCCCCCAGAUUACGUUUCCAAGUCAAUCCAACAGUUAUUCCUUUAUUAGAUCAAGAGUUUCAUCAAUAUCUGGCUCUCGAAGGACUAGAUUUCAGGCAAGCUUGUGUUCGAGGUACAUUCGGUCCCGGAUGUCGGUUCAAUUGUGAUGACUGCCAGAAUGGAGGUACUUGCGAUGUUCGAGCUCUUAGCUGCGCCUGCCAACCUGGUUUCACAGGACUACUCUGCAAUGAGACGUGUCCCAAAGGCACUUAUGGGGAUAAAUGUAAUAAAAAAUGCAAAUGCCAGAAUGGAGCUACAUGUGAUCCGGUUACAGGAGAAUGCAUCUGUCCCUCUGGAGUUCUGGGGAAACCUUGUGAAGAUAGUUGUCCUCCUGGUACUUACGGCGACAAGUGUGAAAAGCGGUGUCCUCAGCGCUGUCCGAGUGGUAAAUGCAACAAGAUAUUUGGCUACUGCGAAUGCGAACCAGGCUUAUUCGGACCAAAAUGCAACUUACCAUGCCCUGAUCAUACUUAUGGACCGAACUGCCGAAGCCAGUGCAAAUGCUUCAAAGAACACACUCAGAAGUGUAAUUCUAAGACAGGAAAAUGUGAAUGCAAAGUGGGUUUCACAGGCCCUAAAUGUGAAACUGCUUGCCCACCUAAUCGUUGGGGUGAAACUUGUCAAAAUCCUUGCAACUGUCCUUCUGGAACUGUUUGUAAUCCUGCAAAUGGGGAAUGCAUGAAGGAAUGCCCUCGAGGAUGGAAUGGAACCAAUUGCGAUCAAGCAUGCCCUGAAGGAUUCUAUGGAGCUAAUUGCCUGAAAAUAUGUCUGUGCGGAAUGCGGGAAUGUGAUCCCAUUACGGGAACUUGUCUGUGUGACGCAGGAAAAAUGGGACCACUGUGCAUGCAAAGUUGCCCUAAAGGAAAAUACGGUAAAAGUUGUCUAAAGACUUGCACUUGUGAAAAUGGAGGAAUAUGCAAUCCGAAAAAUGGAAAAUGUACUUGCCCUACUGGUUUUAUUGGAAAAUCAUGUGAAAAAAAAUGUCCCCCUGAUAAGUACGGAGCGGACUGCCAGGGCCAAUGUCACUGUAAAAAUGGCGCCACUUGUGAUCGAGUGAAUGGUAGAUGCCAUUGUUCUUCAGGAUGGACGGGAAUACACUGUGACCAGCCUUGCAGUCCUGGAAGUUAUGGUCCCAACUGCCAGCAUCAUUGCGAAUGUGCAAAUGGAGGAGAGUGUGACAAAUACACCGGAGAAUGUAUUUGUCAGCCAGGAUGGACUGGGAAGGAAUGUGAUAAGCCUUGUCCUGAAGGGAAAUAUGGCUGGAACUGCGAACAAGACUGUCCAUGUAAAAAUGGAGCAACUUGUGACCACAUUAGAGGGGCGUGUAUCUGCGGUCCUGGUUGGUCAGGCACUUAUUGUGAUAAACCCUGUCCUCCAGGCUUUUAUGGUAUCGAAUGCAAGAACACUUGCGACUGCGGCAAUGGGAUAUCUUGCCAUCCUGAAACUGGAAUAUGUCAUUGCGAAAAAGGAAAGUAUGGCAAUGGAUGUCUCAAAACUUGCUCUCCUGGUUUUUAUGGAAAUUUCUGUAAAGAACAGUGCCAGUGCCAGAAUGGUGUUUGCGAUCCUGACGACGGCAAGUGUAUCUGUCAUCCGGGUUGGCAUGGCAAACAGUGCCAUCUGGCUUGCCCGAAAGGAUCUUAUGGAUACAAAUGCGAAGGAGUUUGCCUUUGCAAGAACGAUGCUAUUUGUGAACCCAAAGAUGGGCGUUGUAAAUGCAAGCCUGGAUACAGAGGACGAUACUGUGACCAGGUUUGUUUCCUUGGACAUUACGGGGAGAACUGUUCGAAAAUGUGCUUAUGCACGAAAGGAGAGCCUUGUCAUCAUAUAACUGGAGAGUGUCGCUGCCCGCCCGGUACUACGGGGAAAGGAUGCGAAUUCAAAUGCCCUGAAGGUAAAUUUGGACCUGACUGCAAAGAAACAUGUGAUUGCCAUCAAAACCAACUAUGUGAUCCAGUUAAUGGACAGUGUUUCUGCAGAUCAGGAUUCACAGGUCCAGACUGCUCUCAGAUCUGCCCUGAUGGGACAUAUGGUGUCAAUUGUUCUCAGCGUUGUAUUUGCGAAAAUAAUGGAAGUUGCAAUUCUUUAACCGGAGAAUGCACCUGUAAACCAGGAUACAUCGGAACAGUUUGUUCCCAAGAAUGUCCUUCAGGAUAUCAUGGGGAUCUUUGUCGAAGCACAUGCCAGUGUCAAAAUGGAGCAACUUGUGACCCAGAAACAGGAAAAUGUAUUUGCCCAUCAGGUUAUACCGGAAAUGCAUGUGACAAAGCCUGCCCACUGGGAAAGUUUGGUGAAGAUUGCCAAAAUGAUUGCAAAUGUUCAAAUGGUAAAUGUGAUCCUAAGACUGGUAAAUGUCUUUGUCCGCUUGGUACAACAGGGAAUAAUUGUACAGAAGCUUGCCCUCACAAUUUCUUUGGGCCGAACUGUGAUCUAGAAUGCCACUGCAAACAUAACGCAUCUUGUGAUCCUGUAACUGGUUGUUGUAAUUGCCCUAAUGGAUAUAUCGGAGGACUUUGCCAAUACGAAUGUCCCGAAGGAUGGUUUGGAAAGUCCUGCGAAAGACAAUGUGAUUGUGCAGGUACUGCCACCUGUCACCCUGUUUCAGGUGUAUGCAGCUGCCCAGCCGGUCAAUAUGGUAUUAAAUGUGAGAAAGCUUGCUUACCAGGAUUUUAUGGACACGGUUGCCAAGAAGAAUGCAACUGUGGAAUUCAUCCUUGUGAUCCAGUGACUGGAAUUUGUAAUUGUCCUCCUGGAUUUAGUGGACCACGAUGUAAUGAAACUUGCAAUAUUGGAAAGUAUGGACCAGGAUGCGGGCUGCGAUGCGAGUGUCAACAUGGAGCAACCUGCGACGCAAUAUCUGGAAAAUGUUCCUGCCCUCCCGGAUGGAUGGGAUCCACAUGCAGCGUUGAAGAUGGAUCACCUGCUGCAGUUGCAGAGAGUGAAAUUGCCAAUGACAUCAGUUAAACAAAUGAGCUUAUGAAACAUUUUGAAAAGAACUCUUUAGUUCAAGUCAUCAUUAUAAGCAUUUAUAAUUAUGCUGUGCUUAUGGCUGAAAGCCAAGGUAUGUCAACCAAGGAAGAAGAUUAUUUCUCAGGAAAAUACACAGCAUCUCAGCAUUUUGGAAGACAACUUCUCAGGAGAAAGAAGUAAAAAUAGGUGAUAUGGAUCAUGAAAUAAUAACUUAACUUACUUUUCUGAUUGCAAAUUACUUCAUAAAAAAAAACACUACAUUUUGCUGUGUAAAAUAUACAAUUUCUUUUUAUUUAUAAGAAUUAUUGCAUUCUUUUGUCAAAUAUUGUCACAUUUUGCUUUGUGAAUACAAAUGAAAGUGCCAUUUAGCAAAUUAUGUGUAUUAUUUUGAUCUUUAAAAAUUUGAUGUACUUGUAUUUCAAGUUGAGAUAAAUUUCUUGCACCUGAA